AUGUCGGACCACAGCUCUGAUAGCUCGGAAGGAAAGGUUACGCCUCAUAUCCGACUCAACUCGGGGCGGCAGGAUCCUUUCCUCCAGACCAGUGAAGGCUACGCGCCUCUCACAUCGCGGACAUUUCCCCGACCCUUGACGCCACAGGGCCCCGAAACGCUCACAGCAGCGGGCGCUCUAGGGAUGGCAGUGUCACCAUACCGCACAUCAAACGUCCCCGAGUCCUCGGAAUUUCUCUUGCCCCCAAAGUUGAGACCUACGCAGGGACAAGGUGUGAGCAAGACUGAUCGCCCCCGGUCUCCUGACCGGUGGUCUGCGGCUCGCUCGAGUACCAGCUCUAUCAGUCGUGAGAGCACUUUCCCUUUGGAUCCGUUCCACGAUUCGAGGGCACCCUCGAACGCUGGUAGUGAGGAGCGUGACGUCAAUACACAGACCGUGUCAGGGAAGUUCAACAUAAUGCCUACUGAUGGGCUGCUGUUGUUCCCCGAGGACGUGGAGAAGGAUGAUUACUUGCAUAAUCCGGACCCAGCAGACAAGGACCGAGACUGUGACAUCUGGAAUCAACGAGGUAUUUUGAAUGUCGGUGGCUUGGCUGUCUUCACGAUUGGCCUUCUGGUGCUUUUCAUUGGUUACCCUCUCAUAACUUGGCUGGCCGGCUUCACAAAACAUCAUGAUGGUCUAUGCCACCCGGAAGACACGUUGUGUUUGGAUGUUGGGGAGCGCCCAUUGUUGGAAAACUUGCGCAUGGGCUUGAUUGACCCAGACACGCCGAAAGAGGCAUACACCAAGAAAAAUGUUAACGGAAAGGAGAUGAAGCUGGUGUUCUCCGACGAGUUUAACAUGCCCGGUCGAACGUUCUUCGAGGAUGAUGACCCGUUCUUCCAAGCCGUCGAUCUUUGGUACGGAGUAACACAGGACAAAGAGUGGUAUGAUCCUGACGCAGUAACCACGGCAGAAGGCACCCUUCAGCUUCGAUUUGAUCAUUUCGAAAACCACGGUCUCGAGUACCGAUCUGGCAUGGUACAGAGUUGGAACAAGCUCUGCUUUAAGGGGGGCCGUCUCGAAGCUAGCAUGUCCCUCCCUGGGGAUGGACACAUCCAAGGGUUCUGGCCCGGAUUUUGGGCCAUGGGAAAUUUGGCUCGUCCCGGCUAUGCUGCAACCACUGAUGGUUUGUGGCCAUACAGCUACCAUGAUGGCUGCGAUGCUGGCAUCACCCCGAACCAGAGUUCUCCUGAUGGUAUCAACUGGCUGCCUGGUAUGCGGCUACCUGGAUGUGCCUGUCCUGGCUCUGACCACCCGACGCCUGGUAUUGCGCGCAGUGCUCCUGAAAUCGAUGUGAUUGAAGGCAGCACUGCCCCACUGUACGGUGACAGCGGUCCAUUUGUCGGCAGUGCGUCGCAGAGUCUGCAGACUGCACCCUUCGACCUGUGGUAUAUGCCCGACUAUGACUUUGCCGCCGUUUACGACCCACGCGUCACCCAAAUCAACGCCUACCGAGGCGGUGUCUACCAACAAGCUAUGUCGGGCCUAACCAAUCUAAACCACCGCUGGUACAACGGCACCGAAUACCAAACUUACUCCUUCGAGUACACACCCGGUGCAGAAGGCGAAGUGACCUGGUUUGUCGGCGCCGAAAAGACUUGGACUCUGGACGGUCGCGCCAUCGGCCCAAACGGCAAUAUUGGACAGCGCAUGAUUCCACUCGAGCCCAUGGCGCUGAUUAUGAACAUGGGUAUGGCGGACAACUUCGCGCCGCAGAACAAGAGCAUCAUUGAUUUCAUGCCUGCUAUCCUGCGCUUCGACUACGUCCGCAUCUACCAGGACCCCGAUGACGAGAGCGUUACUUGUGACCCACCGGGUUAUGAGACGACUAGCUAUAUUGAACAACAUCGCAAGGCGUACGAUAAUGCAAACUUUACGACUUGGUAUGUUUAUAUCGCUGGUUUUAUCUUCUUGUUCAUGCUUUACUAA